UUCAAUUCGACGUCACAACCAAACAAACAAACGGAACAUGGAGCAGCUCCCGCUCAGAUUUUUGUUUUUAAUUUUCGAAUUGAAAUUGAAAUAAAAUAAAGAAAGCAAAACAAGCACUGAAGCACAAUCUACUAUCUAGGGUUUGAUUUCGUUGUUCGAUUCCGAACCAAUAAUGCGACGCGAACGUUAAUGGAGAAAGAAGGAGAUGCAUUAGUGGAUCCUCUCGCCAGCUAUUGGGGACUUUCCCUCUUUCCUCAACCAUCUCUCCCACCCUCCAAACCCUACAACUCAGACCAAGAUCUUCACAUCAUCCACACUCACCUCAGAUCCAUGGCCUUGCGGAGUCCUGCGAAACUGAUGCAGCAGGCCAAAUCCAUAGUGGAUGGUAACCCUCAACUGUUCAACACUGAAAAUUUGAACGAUCCAACUUCUCAGAAUACUAAUGUUGCCGAAGAGGAUGGAGAAUUUCGUCGAAACCCGAGACCAGGGUUAGGGCUUAAACGUCCACGCUUCUCUAUGAAGCCAACUAAAAAGCCAUCUGUUGAGAGUUUGCUACCAACUCUGGACCUUGAUAGCCUCAAGGAUCCGGCAGACUUCUUCAUGGCUCAUGAGCGCUUGGAAAAUGCAAAAAGAGAAAUACAGAAGCAGCUGGGUGGAGCCUCAUUUGAGUCGGAUCAGGAUAAGGCAGCCGCUAGACCACGACAACGUCGACCGGGCCUUUUGGGGAAUGAUCAAUUGUCAAUCAAGUACAAGCAUCGGUAUCCAAAAGAAACCUCAGAUGAUGUUCUGUCCUCUCAAGAGACACUAGGGUCUCGGAGUCUCGCUCCUGUGACCGAGAACACUGACAAAGGUGAAUCUUGUAUGGCAUCAUUGGAAAAAGAAGUAAUAGAUUCAUCUGGUACUGAAGGGAACAAGCUCGAUGAAUUGUUGGAUGGAUUGCUUCAUUGCAAUUCUGAAGAUCUAGAGGGGGAUGGGGCAAUGACUCUUUUGCAGGAGAGGUUGCAGAUCAAACCCAUUGCUUUAGAGAAAUUUUCUGUUCCAGACUUCCCAGAUAAGCAAAUGGUUGAUCUGAAAUCUCUGCAAGGAAACAAGUCAAAACCAAGGAAGGCUUUAUCCGAUAUUGAUAAUUUGUUGAAAGGAAUGAAUAUGAAUAAGAAGACACCUCUUAAAAAGGCUGUACAGUGCCCUGGGCAGCAAUUAGCUUCACCCACCCCUCCAAGAAGUCCAUUUGCUUCGUUGUCAUUGUUGCAGAGGCACAUUUCACGGUCAAAACAAUCAGUGGAUCCUUUUUCGGCUCAUGAAAUUGAUAACUUAUCUAGCAAAAACUAUUCUCUAACUCAUACGGUAAAUCCAGAACUCAAUCUUGCUGGAUCUGGGAACCUGUCAAAUGAAUUGAAUGCACACAUGAUUGAAGAUGUUCAUGCUGUUGGUAAGACAAGCACAGUUUUGGACACAGACAGAAAUGGCACCAAUACUUCUGAAAUUCCCAAGGAAGACUAUUCUGGGAAGUCAUCAAAUAAAUGGAAUGCACCCUCAACUGAAGAUAUAAUUGCUGUUGGUGGGAAUAGUUUGCCUGAGGAUACAGUCAGAAAUGGCACCAGUACUUCUCAAAAGUUCAUCGUGGAUAAUUCAAGGGAACCUAAGUUUGAUGUUAAUAUUGUCUCAAAUGAACCUCAUGUUGACAUGGAUGUAGAUGUGGGAGCCAGUGGUAUGGGUGACAAUGUGGACAGGUCUAAUAUUGAGGCACACAUGAUUGAAGAUGAUAUUGCUGUUGGUAAGACAAGUACAGUUUUGGACACAGAUAUAAAUAGCAUCCACACUUCUGAAAUUUCCAAGGAAGAUAAUUCUGGGAAGUCAUCAAAUAAUCUGAAUGUGCCCUCAAUUGACAAUAUAGUUGCAGCUGAUGGGACAAGUUUGGCUGAGGACGCUGCCAGAAAUUGUACCAGUACUUUUCAAAAGUCCAUGGUGGAUAAUUCAAGAGAUCCUAGACUUGAUGUUACUAUUGACUCACAUGAAUCUCAUGUCGACAUGGGUGUAGAUGUUGGAGUCAGUGGUGUGGCUGAUAGGGUUAUGGAUGACACCGAGGACAGGUCGAAUAUCGAGUCAGAAAAUAUACAGACAUUUACAGCUUCUAUCCCAACAGAUGACACGAAUCUUAAUGUACUCAAUUCACUAGGAUAUGAAGCUAAUGCUGUGGAUAAACGUGCUAGAACAUCAGAUGACGAUCCAGAACAUUGUUUACAGGAAAAGACAGAUGGUUCUGUGGUGGCUGUUAAUGGACAAAAGAGAGUUAAGUCACGUGUGCAGAAAGUGUCCAAAAAUAAAAAACUUUCGAAUAGGCAGAGCCUUGCAGCUGCUGGUACAUCAUGGACUUCUGGAUUAAGGAGAAGCACCAGGAUCAGAACAAGGCCAUUGGAAUACUGGAAAGGAGAAAGACCGGUGUAUGGUCGCGUACACCAAAGUUUGGCUACUGUCAUUGGGGUGAAGUGUAUUUCACCAGGAAGUGAUGGAAAACCGAUUAUGAAGGUGAAAUCUUAUGUAUCAAAUAAAUACAAAGAGCUUUUCGAGUUGGCAUCUCUAUAUUGAAUGUAAAAUAAGUUCUUCAGAUUUAUUUUCUGUAACAUCCUAUAACAUCUUCGGUGGAGGAUUCUUCUAUUCUGUUAUACUACAGAGCUGCAUGGAUUGCAUUGUCUAUAGCUAUAAUCACUUAAUCUGUUAAGUGGCAAGAAAACUCAAUUGACAGUAAUUAAUUGUUUUAAGA